UGUGUUUGAUGAUGGAAAUUUUGACCAUUUGCGACUCCCAAUUUCGCCUUGUACCAUUAAGGUAGGAAGUCAAUAUCGAAAUGCUUCCUCACCAACCCAAACUUCCAUUCCCAUUUAGUGGGCCAAAAUACCCUCGGAAUCAGACCUCACAUCCUCAAAGUCCAGUUUUAUAACCAAGCAUCUCAGGUUGCCUUUUGUGUUCUUACGGAAAAAGAGAUAACAAUAGAACAGAAAGAAAGAAAGAUAAUAGCUUUUAUUUUUGUCCAGUUAUUGUUUCAUGGAGGAUAAGGCUUCAUCAUCAUCAUCAUCAUCAUCAUCAUCAUCAUCAUCGGAAAAAUCCAAAACUGCAGUUUUGGACGUUCCCCUUCAUUUAUUUGGGUUUGAAUUUGAAGAUAUAACACCCCAAAGAAUUUCCGGCCGUUUCAUUGUUACCGAGAAAUGCUGCCAGCCAUUUAAGGUGCUUCAUGGAGGGGUAUCAGCACUGAUAGCAGAGUCACUAGCAAGCAUGGGAGCACACAUAGCUUCUGGUUUUCAAAGGGUAGCUGGAAUUCAACUUAGCAUCAACCAUGUCAAACGAGCAGAACUUGGUGAAUUGGUCCACGCCCAAGCUACCCCUUUGAAUCUUGGCAAAACCAUUCAGGUAUGGGAUGUGAGAAUGUGGAAAAUUGAUCCGUCAAAUUCAAGAAACAAAGCUUUGGUAUCAUCUUCUAGAGUAACUCUACUGUGCAACAUGCCAGUACCAGAAAAUGCAAAAGAUGCUGCAGAAAUGCUAAAGAAGCAUGCAAAACUAUAAAUAUUGUUUUCCAAUAUAGUCAACUGAUACAUGUUCUGCCUCAAUGAAAUUACAUAUUACAAUAAACCUAAGAUUCAAAUUUAUUUACAGAUCGAGAUUCAUAGCUUCAAAAAUGAACAGAGUCAUCACAAUAUUCACAUUUUGUAACCUAUAUUGAAGUAUAGAAUAUCUGUUUUAGAAAUGGAUUGAUAUUCAGGGUCAACACUAGACAUAGAGACUAGGGCCCUGAUUGAGCAAUUUUUC